CAGACCAGACUCCAGGGGUCCACGUCCCUUUAGCGGUACUCUGGAGGACUGCAGACGGGACUCUUUCAUUGUUUUUUUCCCCCUGAUUAAGUUCGGAAAGCCAUACGAUAGAAACCAAAAGGAAGGGAAACACUGUUGAGAACGAGUGCGUGUGCGUGUGUCCAGACUCCUCUCCGCUGUUCUGUCCGCGCGCCUCUUAUCUCUACCGAUGGUACCGAUGGUACCGAUGGCGAACUGCGUCUUCCGCGCGCCGGCACGUUUCCGUUCCGAUCGUUUCUCCGCAACCGGCUUCGUCUCGUGCGCUAAGUCGCGCCAUGGCGACGCGAACGGACACACGGCCCACGGGAAGACGCGCGCGGUGACAUUUGAGGCGCGCGGGGCGGACAGGUAACACGCGUCAUGUAACGGCGACACGUCAUCACAGCGCGAGGAGGAGCGGCAGUCUGAGCCGUGGUAACGGUGGACUGUUUUUGGCGCGUGGACCCAGACCACGGACUCUAAUUGAAGGGGUCUCUCUGGGUGGGGGCGGCGGGUGGUGCCGGCGGAGGUGGAGGUGGUGGAGUUGAGACAUGGCGGCGGCGAUCGCCAGCGGGCUGAUCCGACAGAAGCGGCAGGCGCGCGAGCAGAACGCGCACCGCCCUGUGCCCAACCGGCGGCGGAAGAGUCCGGCCGCCAGGAAGAGCGGCGCGCUGUGCGGCGGGAGCGGCGGGGGCGGCGGCAGCGGCAGCCUGGCGGAAAUCUUCUCCAAGGUGCGCAUCUUCGGGCGGAAGAAGCGGCGGCUGCGGAGACAAGAGCCCCAUCUGAAGGGCAUCGUGACCCGUCUGUUCUGCAGAACCGGGUUCUACCUCCAGGUCGGACCGGACGGAACGCUGGACGGAACCACGGACGACAGCAGCAAUGCCUCUCUGUUUAACCUGGUCCCAGUGGGUCUCAGAGUCGUCGCCAUCCAGUCGGUGAAGACCGGACUUUACAUCGCCAUGAACGGACAGGGACACCUCUACUGCUCUGAGCUCUACACACCCGAGGCGCGCUUCAAGGAGGCGGUGUUCGAGAGCUACUACGUGGUGUACAGCUCGCUGCUGUACCGCCAGCAGGAGUCGGGGCGGGCCUGGUUCCUGGGUCUCGACAAGGAGGGCGGAGCCAUGAAGGGCAACCGCGUCAAGAGGACCAAGGCCGCCGCCCACUUCCUGCCCAAGCCCAUCGAAGUGGCUCUGUACCAUGAGCCCUCGCUACACGACGUUGGAGCCAUCGCCAAGAGCGUCCAAGGGGCCAAAGGCGGCCCCGGCCCCGCCCCUGGCCCCGCCCCUGGCCCCGGCGAGGAGGUGGAUGAGCCGGAAACUGACGCGCUGUGA